ACACAUGGAGAGAGGGAAGGAGAGAAAGAGAGAGGAACAGGUAGAGAGAGAGAGAAAGUGAGAAACUAGGUGCUCUGUAGGAGAGGUUGUGAUUUGUCACAACACUCCACAAAGGACAGUAGAUCUAUCCCAAACAUCAGAGAUAGUAACAGCAAUAUACACGUUUUUGAUGAAUCCGUGUUCCUGUUGCAUUCUACCUGUUUGUUAAGUGGAUUUCUCGAGUCCUCAAACACCAGCACCGACUGAGCCCAACUACUAGGACAAUUACUACAUUCUUUGAGAGCUUGGAGAACUAUCCAAGGACUACCAGGAACACUGUCAGCCCACCCAGACCAUCAGCCAUGUUUCAGAAGCAGAGGAAAAGCGUCAAAGCCGUGAGGAGCAACAAGACAGAGGCUAAAGAGAAGGUCCUUUGUAACAAAGCGCAGCAGACGAUAGCUCAGCGAUGUGGAGACCCGAAAGAGCGAGGGAAGGAGGAGAACAUCAAGGAGAACAAGGAGAACCAGCUGAGGUCUCGUGGUGAUGCGGUGGAGGACGUUGAAGAGGUGAAGCCGGCGAGGAAGAGUGUGUUUGACAAAGCUGUCUAUGACCUGGCCCACACGGAGAGGGUGAUGAAUGACCUGACGUUCGGACGGAGGGUGGCCUUCUACGAGCUGAGAGGGGAGAUCGGCUGUGGAAACUUCUCCCAGGUGAAACUGGGCAUUCAUGACCUGACUAAAGAGAGAGUGGCAGUUAAGAUCCUGGAUAAAGGCAAACUGGACAAGAGGUCCCACGUGCUGUUUGCCUCAGAGAUAGGGUGCAUGGAGAGGCUGUCCCACCCCAACAUAGUGCGUCUGUACGAGGUGGUGGAGACGUUUAAGCGGCUGUACCUGGUGAUGGAGUACGCCAGUGGAGGAGAUCUGUUCUCACGCAUUACCACCAGGGGUAGACUCUCAGACCUGGAAAGCAAACUUAUAUUUUCCCAAAUUCUGGCUGCAGUUAAACACAUGCAUGAUAACAACAUAGUGCACCGGGACCUGAAGGCAGAGAACGUUUUCUACACCACCACAUACUGCGUCAAGGUGGGCGACUUCGGCUUCAGCACCUCCUCGCGCCCAGAUGACGUCCUCACCAGCUUCUGCGGCUCCACGCCCUACGUCGCCCCAGAGCUCUUCAAGGACAAAGGCUACGUGGGCCAGUCCGCUGACGUCUGGGCCCUUGGUGUACUACUCUACUUCAUGACUACUGCCAUGUUGCCCUUCAACGCUGCCAACCUCAGCCGGCUGAAGGUCUGCAUCCUUCAGGGCUCCUUCACCAUCCCAGCCUACGUGCCCGACCCCUGCCACCAGGUCAUCCAGGACAUCCUGAGACCCGUGCCCGCCGACCGCCUCUCCGUGGCUCAUAUCAUGACCUACACCUGGCUGAAGGGCAUUGAUUACCCCCAGGCAUACCCCUCCUCCCGCCCGACCCCAGCCCACCUGGUCGAGCCCUCCCGGGUCCUGGGUACAGAUGAGCUGGAUGUCAAGGCAGCUCUGGCGGACCUGGGGAUAACAGAGAGCCACCUGGUGAACAACACCUGCCCAGACUUGAGGAGCCCUGUGACGGGUACCUAUAGGAUCCUGCUGCACCGCAUCCAUAAGAGGAAGACAGUGGAGGCGGUGGGGUACAGCACUGCGUGUCACAAAGACUUCCAGGUCAAGAGACGCUGGAGCGAGGGUACCUUACCUCUGUUGAGGCCUUCUGCUGUGUGUGUAAUCAUGUAGAGGGGAAGGAGUCUAGCAAGUCAGACCGGGAGGAGCCAGUCAGACGGGGAGGAGUCUAGCCAGUCAGACGGGGAGGAGUCUAGCCAGUCAGAUGGGGAGGAGUCUAGCCUGUCAGACGGGGAGGAGUCUAGCAAGUCAGACGGGGAGGAGUCUAGCCAGUCAGACGGGGAGGAGUCUAGCCAGUCAGACGGGGAGGAGACUAGCCUGUCAGACGGGGAAGAGUCUAACCUGUCAGACGGGGAGGAGUCUAGCCUGUCAGACGGGGAGGAGUCUAGCUUGUCAGACGGGGAGGAGUCUAGCCUGUCAGAUGGGGAGGAGUCUAGCCAGUCAGACGGGGAGGAGUCUAGCCAGUCAGACGGGGAGGAGUCUAGCCAGUCAGACGGGGAGGAGCCUAGCCUGUCAGACGGGGAGGAGUCUAGCCUGUCAGAUGGGGAGGAGUCUAACCUGUCAGACGGGGAGGAGUCUAGCCAGUCAGACGGGGAGGAGUCUAGUCCUCAUCAGACUCACUGCUAGGACAACUGUAUAAAUAUCUGUGUGUCUUAUGAUAAGGAGCGGUAUUCAGCAGAAGAAGGACCUUGAAGCGAAUGACACUUUUAACAACACAAGAGACUAAAUUAAAUUAACGAUAAUGAGAUGUACAUAACAGUUUUUACUGGGUUCUCUCUGGUAAUGUCUUGGGAGCUACUUUAACAACAUGAGGUUGUACAAUCACUAAUAUACUUGAGACUCAUUCAUGGAAGUUUUCUUUCUUCUGAGAAAUAAAGAGGACAUCGCAACGACAAAGGAUUCUUUGCCUUCAAAAAAUAUUUCCAUGUUUUUAUAUUUGGAGUAUUGUGAUUUAGUUUAGUUUGACACAACCCACAUGAAACAUAGUCAGUUGUAGGGUUACUUAUACUGUGAACAUUUUUACUGUGUAAACUAAACAAUCAGACAGUAUUCUUAUCUAAUAUAUAUAUUUUUUGUCAUACAUCCUUGUUUUUCUCAUAUAAUCAAUUGUAUUAUAUAUUUUGUGAUUUGCAUCAUGUUUUUCACUGUCACUGUCACAUUAAA